CCACCCCCACCAUCACAAGAGAAACCUCCCUCUCCUCUUGCUCUCUACUCUUCCAGAAAAGAAGAGAAGAUCACUUUCCUCUUUUUGCAUGCAAGUUUGUGCUCGCUCAUUGAGCCAUGGAGAGCUUGGAAAUGGGUGUUGCAACAAGCCAGGAGAGAGCUGGAGUGCUCACUCGCGCAUGGAGGCGGUUGAUGGGCUUGCCCAAGAGCUUGAUGGUGAAAGUGGCGGAGCUGGCCAAGAAGGCGAUGAAGCUCGGGCAAGAUGACCCGAGACGGGUCACUCAUUCGGUCAAAGUAGGAUGUGCACUCUCCUUGGUGUCGUUGAUCUAUUACUACCAGCCGCUCUACAACAGCUUCGGCGUCUCCGCAAUGUGGGCCGUCAUGACCGUGGUGGUCGUCUUCGAAUUCUACGUCGGGGCCACUCUAAGUAAAGGGUUGAAUAGAGGACUUGCUACAUUGCUUGCCGGUGCACUUGGUGUUGGUGCUCAUCACUUGGCGAGUCUCUCAGGAAAAACCGGCGAGCCCAUUAUGCUUGGUUUCUUCGUCUUUCUUCAAGCCACCGGUUCGACGUUCAUGAGGUUCUUCCCACGAAUCAAGGCGAAGUACGACUACGGGAUGCUGAUAUUCAUACUCACGUUCGCACUGGUGUCGGUGUCGGGCUUCCGGGAGGACGAGAUACUGGAGUUUGCGCACAAGCGGCUCUCCACCGUCGUCAUCGGCGGCUCCACCUGCCUGAUUGUCUCCAUCAUCGUGUGUCCCGUCUGGGCCGGCGAAGACCUCCACCGCCUCAUCGCUCUCAACAUGGAAAAGCUUGCCAACUUCUUGGAAGGAUUUAGGGUUGAAUACUUGAGAGAAUCAGAAGAUGGUGACUCGAAUGGUGACAAGUCGCUUUUUCGAGGAUACAAAAGUGUGCUUGGGUCGAAGAGCACCGAAGAAUCUCUGGCAAACUUUGCGAGUUGGGAACCACGUCACGGCCGGUUCGGCUUUCGCCAUCCGUGGAGGCAAUACCUAAAGAUUGGAGCUUCGAUUCGUCAGUGUGCCUAUAGGAUUGAAGCCCUUGAUGGCUACCUCUCCACUAAAUUCCACGCGCCACCACAAGUUCAAACCAGACUCAAGGAGCUCUGUGCAGAGAUGAGCAUGGAAGCCGCAAGUGCUUUGAAGCAACUCUCAUCUUCCCACAAAACGAUGACUGUCCCUUCCUCCGCGACUCCCCACCUUGAGAAGUCCAGAAUUGCCAUGAGAGCCCUCAAGUCGUUGCUCAAGACGACCUCCUGGAAGGACGUGACCGACCUCCUCGCCGUCGUCCAUGCCGCCACCGUCACCUCGCUUCUCAUCGACGUCAUCGACUGCACGGACAAGGUUGCCGAGUCCGUUAACGAGCUCGCCUCCCUCUCCCGCUUCAAGACUGCCGCGGAGAGGGCGAAGAAGCAUGCCAAGUGCGAUGAAGUCGUGCUGACCGUGAACGAGCUCGAGGCGACCAUCUCGCCAGAAAAUGGGACUCCGCCGAUGAGACCGGAUCCAGCGCCGGUGGUGUAGAUACGUAGGCGUCGUACAUACGAACGAUAACGUACAUAAUACCUGGACUUUAUUUAUGAUCAAGAAAGUUCGGGGACAAUGGUGUUAGUUAAUUCCUAUAUAGUGAUACGUUAUUAAUAUAAUUACAAUAAAUGAGGAGCUUGACGAGGAUGUUGCUAAA